UUGAGAAUCAAUGUUUUUACCAUUCUCACAGUGCAGUGGAUCUGGUUCAUUUUUUUGGUUAUUGACAUUCUCUUUUUCAUGUCACUGUUUCAGGGGAUUAUAAAUGGUUGCAGCAGGCAGAUUUUAAAAAGUACAGAGGAUCUGUUAAUACAAGUAUUAGACUGAGCAACAGGGAUUAGAUUGUGAAUAGUUUUCCUGUAUAGAGUAUCUACAUUAUCCAGGGCUCCAGUAAUGGAUAGAUUUAGGACUCUCAAACCUUUCAUUGCAGUUUCACUGCUAGUUGGUGUGUGUCACUGCUGGUGGGUGUCCGUGGAUUCAGUCAAUGCCGUCAGGGGUAGCUGCGUCUUGGUGCCGUGCCGCACUGUGGCUUACAGUAAAGUCGCCUGGUACAAGUAUGCGAGAUGGGGAUACCCAACUGUCUACUCUAAUGAACGCAGUGAGAUAUUAAGUGAGUUUAGUGGAAGGACAUCAGUCCCAGGAUCUCGUUAUAGUGGAGACUGCAGUUUAAGGAUUAACAACGUCCAGGACAGUGACAGUGAGGAGGGCCUGUACGUAUGGGUCUGGGAUAGAGAUGGGUACAACCAAGGAUUUUAUGAAGAUCAUCAAAUCAUCAACAUAUAUGUCUGGGAUCCUACAGAGCCUGAAAUAUCUGUUGAAAGCAAACAAGUAGAGGGCAAGCCUUUUACUGCAACAUGCAAAUUCCGCCAUUCCUGCCGCUCGUCUCCACCACGGAUUUACUGGUACGGUCCGAGUCCCAUUUCUAAUGCGUUUACCAACACGAAGGACUGGGAGGGAUUUUGGGAAUCUCAGGCCACUGCUACAUUCAGUGUAACUCAGGACACAUUCUCAGAUGCCCCAACAGAUGUGAAAGUAGAUUACACAGGAAGCAGCUCUGUGGUCGAGGGUGGCCAGAUCUCACUUAAAUGUACCAGCACGAGCAGGCCUGCACCCACGCACUACAAGUGGUUCAUUUCCCCAAACAGCACCAGCUUCAGUCCCAGUGGAAGUACUGUUGUCCUUCUAGAUGUGAGGAGAAACACAUCUGUUUCCUGCAUCGUCAAUAACUCUAUCGGACAGGAUGAAUCAAAGCAGCUGUUUCUCAAUGUCCAUUGUGAGUAG